UCGCAACUGCAUGUAACAAAACAACUUUUAAACUUACCUCCCCGUCUUCUCGAAUUCUAGUUUCCUCAGAUUCUAGUUUCCCGUUUCCCUCGUCUCAUCGGCUUGUUUGUGUCUGAAGUGUAUAUUUCCGCUUCCGUGCUUACAUACCUACAUGUUGCUCUCGGCCGUGUCUUAACGUCAUACCUCCCCGUUACAUGUGCGACCGUUUAAGAUUUAACAACUAGUUAAACUCACGCUCACGCUCACGCCCGAGCCCGAUUCUGCUCAGCACCGCCGAGUUCUUCUAAUUUAUACAGUAUCCGCCAAUUCUUAAACUUGUCAAUAUGAAGGCAGAAUACUCGGACGAGCCGUUGACCUACGACACUCACGAGACCUCCAUACCUACCGGAUGGUCAGCUUGGUUUGGUGGCCCCAAUGUUAAGAUAGGCCCUCGUAUCGCUCCUCAGAUAGCGUCAAUCAGCACCGAUGUUCACAAUUCCACCAGUGAUCUCAGUAGCGAUGCAAUUCUUAACAAGCAGCUUGAAGAGGAGGCCGGUCAUGCUAUCCAGUAUCGUACUUGUAGCUGGCAAAAGAUGGCCGCAUUACUAUUCUCCGAAUAUAUCUGUCUGGCAAUCAUGAGUUUUCCGUGGUCUUACAGCGUCCUCGGUCUCGUCCCAGGUCUUAUUCUCACUGUGGUUCAAGCUCUUCUAGUACUAUAUACCUCUAUUGUGUUAUGGGAGUUCUGUCUUCGACAUCCCGAAGUUAGAGAUGUAUGUGAUAUUGGCCAGAUGCUCUUCUGGGGCCAGGAAUGGGCCUGGUAUUUCACGGCUUUCAUGUUUAUCUUGAACAACACCUUCAUUCAGGCUCUCCACGUCCUCGUUGGAGCCAAAUACCUUAAUACGAUGGUUGGCCCGGAUGCUGGCAUCUCCUGCCAGACUGUAUCCUUUGGUGCCAUUGUUGCUGUUGUUUGCUGGCUGUCGUCGCUGCCUCGCACCUUUAACAUGCUUUCGAAGCUUGGUACUGCAUCGGCGGUGUUCACGUUCAUCUCGGUCAUCCUUGCUACAAUAUUUGCCGGUGUUCAGGGUUAUCCGGCCGGCUUCAAUGCAGAGCCGGCUACCAGCCCUGCUACUGGCGCAGCAUUGCCCUUCGGCAAUCCAAUCGUCACAGCUGUUCCUGUCCUAGGUACUACUUUUGUCUCUGGCCUGGGAGCUUUUCUUAACAUUAGCUAUACCUUCAUCGGGCAGAUUACACUUCCCAGUUUCAUUGCCGAAAUGCGUGAGCCGAAAGACUUCCCUAAGGCUCUUUGGGCAUGCACGAUCCUCGAAAUUAUCGUUUUCAGUGUCGUUGGUGCAGUCACAUAUGCGUUUGUAGGCAAUCAGUAUAUGACCUCGCCAGCUUUCGGGUCCUUGAUUCCACUAUACAAGAAGAUCGCUUUCUCAUUUAUGGUUCCUACAAUUAUAUUCUUGGGCGUCCUAUAUGCUUCGGUCUCAGCUCGAUUCAUAUUCUUUCGGAUUUUCCAAAACUCGCACCACAAGAAUGAACACACUCUUAUUGGUUGGGGUACUUGGACUUUGAUUCUAUUUGUCACCUGGGUUGUCGGUUUCGUGAUCGCCAACUCGAUCCCAUUCUUCAACUCUCUCCUCGCCCUCAUGUCGUCAUUGUUUGAUUCGUUCUUUGGGUUCAUCUUCUGGGGUCUCGCUUAUUUCCGCAUGCGGAAAGCCGACGGUUCUGUCGCAUUGCUCAAGGACCGUUCAUUCCGCGGGUGGUUUGAGGGUAUCCUUAACAUUAUCAUUAUCUUAACCGGCGUUUUCUUCUUAACGGCUGGAACAUACGUAAGUGUCCAGGGUAUUUUAGAUGAGUUUGCUCUGGGCACAGUUGGAACCGCGUUUCAAUGCGCGAGCAAUGGCAUUUGAAAAAGCAUUUACCCAUUUGCAUUUUUUUCAACAUUAGGUGAUACCCACGGAUGAAUAUACGUUUGAGCACGACGAUAGAAGGUAUGAAUGUUGUCAUAGCUUGGAGGACGAUGGAUAUACACAGAAGUUUGGUUGAUGCUUAGACUGUUGCGGUCACUCAAUUAAGACCUUGCGGUUCGAAUAGAAUGGGGAUUAGCAUUAUUACAGAGCUAUCUACAGUAAUGCAGGGGGGUAUCUAGGUUCUACAUAGCAUACCUUCUUGGGGGGCUCUGAAGAGCAUAUCGACGACUAAGCCUGGUAUUUAAUAACAUACUUGAAUAGCGACUCCG